GCCAAGCCAAGUCCGAGCCUGCUUGACGCCACGUCCCUCCCUCCUCUCCCUCCGAGCUGAAGCUGAAGCUAAGCUUCUUGGCAAUCGUGUCGAGCAGACGCUCAUGAUCCGCACGUCUGCGCCGCCGGCGACGUCGCCCGGAGGAGACGACCACGACGACUGGGAGAACGCGGCCGCUCGCAGCGUCAGCAACGCGGCGCCCGGCUCCAUCGCCAUUGCAGCUCGCCCGCAACCCGCCGGAGACGUGGACGGCGCCACGCGUGCCAUGCAGGGCCUGCGCAUCCUGCAGCCGCCGGCAGCGUCCGACGACGGUGGGAACUACCCGCAGCAGCAGCAGUUCAAUGGCAGCGCCCCCGUUGGCACCGCAACCGCCAGCGCACAUGGCCCACUGGACCCCGUGCUGGUUGCGGGGCUGGAGAACGCGCGCGAACGCAUGACGCUGCUCAAGUUCGAGGACCAGAUCGUGCGCUUCCUCAAGAACCCGCGAGAGCCGCACCUCAACUUCCCGCCCUUGUCCUCGUACCAUCGGCUGAUCGUGCAUCGCUUGGCGCAGCGCUGCGGGCUGGAGCACCAGACGGCGGACUACAAUCCGUACGAGAACAGCUCGGCGCGCGUCGUGACGCUAUUCAAGACCCCGCAGUCGGCGGUGCCGCGCGUGCUGCUGAUCGACUUGUCCGCGGACAGACAGACGCCCACGGUUACCCCUGCGUCUGCACCGAGGAUUAUGAUGCGGAAGCGCAGCGCGCCACGACCCGGCGCCAAUGGUGGACGCGGCAACGGCGCGGAUAAGGCCACGCCUUCCUUGCAGGACCGGGAGCGGGCGUACGCUGAGGCACGAGCACGGAUUUUUGGCGAAGACAAUGAUAACACUGCUACGGAAUCAGGGUCCUCUAUUUCUCCGGCGGGAAAUGACGGGAACGGAAGCACGGGAAUUAACAAUGCUAGGCAUGGAAGUCGGCAAGCCGCUGGACCCGAUGGCAGCAGAGGCUUUGGCCGAGGCCGAGGCGCUGCUUCUUCCGGUGGAAACGGCAGCGGAUCGCAAUCUAGGGACUCGCACUCACCGAAGGACCGAUCAGGCGAAGACGACGGUGCUAAUACUAACGAGUACUCGCGAUCGUCCCAACCGAGUGCCCCUAACGCAGCGAACUGGAAAGAAAGCAAAGUGUUGUGGCGCAACCGCGAGCAGGAGAUGAACGACCCAGACUUCACGCGCAACCACGACGCCUUCCGCCCUCGGUCCAGUGGCGGCGCAUCCAGUGGCAGCGGAAGCGGAGGCGAGUCGCCGUACCAUGGCAACCGCUAUGGUGGCGGGCGCUUUGGACAAAAUGACUACCAGUACGAUCGAUCCUACGACCGGUCCUACGGCUUCCAGCAGCCUGGUGGCGCGCCGCCUCCACCACCACCGCCAGUGCCCAUGGCUGGGCGCGCCCGCUAUCACGUUGGCGGACCCGAUUACAACAAUAGAGUAGACACCAACACGUACCAGAGGUCCCCACACCAGCAGUACCAGCCGCAGCAACAAUUCCAGCAACACCAGCUGAACUCGCCGCCGUCCAUGAUCAUGGGGCGUGGUGGGUACGGGUACCCUUCACCCCAAGGCCGUCCGUCGGCGCGGCAGGGGAACUGGGUGCCGCCGCGCGCCAACACUCGCGCAGUCGGCAGCGGCAGCGGUGGGUUCGUUGAGGACGACUUCCCACCGCUCGGCAAGUAA